CAGCCUACAGCAUAACAAUUGUCCAUUCCAUCUGAAGGCUGAAAUGGGUCUCUCCACCAAGCUUUUUGCGGUCCUCCUCCUGCUCCUCAUUGGUGGUUAUACUGAGAUGCAGGGACCAGUGACUGUGGCAUUGGCGAGGAAGUGCCAGUCGAAGAGCUUCAAAUUCAAGGGACCCUGCUCGAGGGACGAAAACUGUGCAACCGUUUGCCUGACAGAAGGUUUUACCAGUGGCAAGUGCAGAGGCCUACGCCGCCGCUGCUUCUGUACCAGGGACUGCUAGUUGCUUUGCGUCCUGCAUGCAUAUGCAUGUCCUGAAUGGAUCAGGAAAAUAUGUAUGCAUUACCAAAUGGAAGUAGCACAUGAAUGAAGUAAAUAAUUGAACGGUUGAGAGCUUAAGCCCGUA